AUGGCGAUACUUACCAAGUUCAUAUUCGACAAGGCCGCGACAAUUUCUCUCGCUGUUCUUCUGCCGGCAUGCAUCGUAGGCCUGGUCUCCGUGCACUUUCUCUACACGGUCCUCUAUCAGCUCUUCUUCAACCCGCUGCGCAAGUUCCCCGGUCCCAAACUCUGGGCCGUGUCGAUCAUCCCCUACGUUCGAAUGCAUCUCCAGGGUCAAAGCCACCAAAGGAUUCUGAAGCUUCACCAGAAAUACGGUCCCAUCGUAAGAAUUGGACCCAAUUUUCUAUCUUUUAACCACCCAGAUGCAAUGAAAGAAAUACGCGGUCACCGCAAGACGGGCACUGGCGAGAAUUCGAAGGAGCCACUCGCCGCAACACCAAAUGCGGACAACAUCAUCGGCGCCAAUCGCCCUGAUCAUCAGCGUUUUCGUCGUGCUUUGGCGAACGGCUUCUCUGCCCGAACCAUGCAAGAGCAGGAACCCAUAAUAAAGAGUUAUGUCGACUCUUUCAUCCAGGUGCUGCACGAGGAGUGCGCAGAUGGUAAAGAGCCUGUCAAUGUCGAGCAGUGGCUCAACUUCCUCACAUUCGACAUUGUUGGUGACCUGGCCUUUGGCGAGUCAUUUGGUUGUCUCGUAGAGAAGAAGUAUAACCCUUGGGUCCGCCACAUUUUCAAGGGUAUCAAGGACAUCGCUUACAUGACCAAUUUUGGCCGUAUCCCAUGGCUCGCAAGGAUCCUUAAGCUCUUCACCCCAAAGAGCGUGUCCAACAAGUGGGCUGAACACAGGGAGAUAUCUUCGGAAAAGGUUCGCAAGAGAUUGGCCAUGGAGUAUAAUCGACCUGAUUUCGUUGACUCCAUGGUCAAGAAGACCAAGUCAGCUGGCGCGGACAUCACAUUUGACGAGUUGGCUUCAAAUGCUCAACUCAUCGUUCUCGCCGGCUCAGAGACAACAGCUACGUUGCUAUCAGCCGCAACGUAUUACCUGACUACACACCCUGACAUCUUGACCAAGCUCAAUGACGAGGUCCGAUCUGCAUUUACGACCGAGGAUGAAAUCGAUAUGAUAAGUGUUUCAAAGCUACCGUAUAUGUUGGCGAUUCUCAACGAGAGCCUUCGGAUGUUCCCGCCCGUCGUCAACGGUGUCCCGCGCCUCAUUGGCCCAGGAGGAGACACAAUCAUCGGUCAAUACAUUCACGAGGGGACAACGGUGGACAUCUGGCACUGGGCUGUCUAUCGUAACCCCGAUCACUUUGCACAACCAAACGACUUUAUCCCAGAGCGUUGGCUCGGGGAUACUCGCUUCAAUAAUGAUGCCAAGCAAGCAUUGCAGCCUUUCUCCAUCGGCCCGCGAGAUUGCAUCGGAAAGAAUCUCGCGCACGCUGAGAUGCGGCUCAUCCUAGCCCGGUUGGCGUGGAACUUUGACAUUCGGCUUGCAGCUGACAGCUUUGACUGGGAAAGUCGGUGCGAAUCGUAUUUUCUUUGGCAGAAGGGGCCAGUGAACGUCUACUUGACACCCAGAGUAUAG